AUGGGGUGGUGCAACCGCUUCGUGGCGAGGCACCCGGAGCUGAAUUUACGCUCCGGAGCUGCUGCAAUAACGAGGAAGUACAACCGCAAUCAUAUGGAGGCGGCUGUGGAGAUGUACUUGGCUGGGAAAUCCAUGAGCGAGGUGACGCAGCGCUUCCCGCUGUUGCAUCAACGGACUAUUCGACGUCGAGUGUUGCGGGUGCAACGGGGCGAAGUGGAUCGGAGACGAGGACCACGCCCGCUGCUGGAGGGCCAACCAGAGCAGGAGUUGGUGGCAUGGAUUCUGGACAUGCAAUGUCGAGGAACGCGCGUG